CCUCCGCUGUGUAAUCCUCCAUGGACGUGGAGAGAAGCUCCUCUCCGCUCUCCAUCAUCAUCAUCUGCAGAAGAAAUGCGAGCGGGGAGCGGCAACAAAAUGUCAACUGGAGCUGCUCUCCCUCUCCCUCCUCCUCUCCAGCAGACAUGAGCGGCGCCCCGUCGGCCUCUAACACCCGCAACAAGUCGCCUUCACCAUGCGGAUCCACUGCAAAGUAGUUGUGAUCGCUUUGUGCUUCGGAGUUUUCCUACUUUUGUACUUUUUGGGGGGCAACGCGGCGGACGAUGAUCCGCUGCUGAGAGAAGUUGGGGAGCAGCAGAAGCAGCAGGAGGAGAAGGAGGAGAAAGAGGAGGAAGACAACUCUUCUCGGUCUUCCUCCAAACAGAUCCGACGAGAUGUGGCUGCAAAGUUGGCGAAGAAAGCAUCCGCCGUGCGUAAAGAGAAAGAGGCGCCUCCAAAGGGACGCAGAGAGAAGAUCAACAGAGGAGCCAGCGUGAAUGCAAAGAGCAAACCGCGGAACAACGUGGGCCGACCCGUGACCAGGCGCAAACGGGUGGAGGAGGUCAUGCACCUGGCCGUGGUGGCCUGUGGGAGUCGUCUGGACGAGACGCUCACCAUGGUCAAAUCAGCCCUCCUGUUCAGCCUCAAGAGGAUCACGUUUCACAUUUUUGCUGAGGACCCUUUGGCCCCGCAGUUUGAAGAAAGGUUGAACAAGUGGCCCCGCGCCGUCUCAUCCAAGUUCCAGUACCGGAUCUACCCCAUCACCUUCUCCGUGGGGAACGCUGACGAGUGGAAGAAGCUCUUCAAGCCCUGCGCUGCUCAGAGACUCUUCCUCCCCGUCAUCCUGAAAGACGUGGACUCGUUGCUCUACGUAGACACCGACGUGCUGUUCCUGCGGCCCAUGGAUGAUAUCUGGAGUCUCCUGAAGUCCUUCAACAGCACUCAGCUGGCAGCGAUGGCCCCGGAGCACGAGGUCCCGAAGAUCGGCUGGUACAGCCGCUUCGCCCGCCACCCUUUCUACGGAGUCACGGGGGUCAACUCCGGCGUCAUGCUGAUGAACCUCACAAGGAUCCGCAGCACGAUGUUCAAAAACAGUAUGAUCCCCAGCGGUCUGUCAUGGGAGGAUAUUCUACAUCCACUCUAUCAGAAGUACAAGAACCACAUCACCUGGGGAGACCAGGACCUCCUCAACAUCAUCUUCCACUACAACCCAGAGUGUCUCUUCAUCUUCCCCUGCCAGUGGAACUACAGACCAGAUCACUGUAUGUACGGGAGUAACUGUAAAGGGGCUGAAGAGGAGGGCGUGUCCAUUCUCCAUGGCAACCGGGGCGUGUAUCACGAUGACAAGCAGCCAGCGUUCAAAGUAGUCUAUGAUGCAAUACGUGAAUAUCCCUUUGAGGACAACAUGUUCCAGUCGCUGUUCUACCCGAUCCAAACCAAGUUCCUAGACACAGUCAACACGCUGUGCGGACGGAUUCCUCAAGUCUUCCUCAAGCAGAUAGAAAAGACCAUGAAGAAGGUGUUUGAGGAUACAGUGGUCCGACAUGUUAAACCGCACAAAUAAACUGAUGGAGAAACGGACUCCCUGUUUUUAUCUGACGACACCGAGGACCAUGUUGCUGUGAAUUAUGUGCCGUACCAGCGUCUUCCAGACUGAACUGCCGGCUCAUGUGUUUGCAGUGUAUUCAACACUUCCUGGAAUGGUCUUGUGAACAUUAUGACCCUCUAAUGAUGGUGUGGGUAAUAAGCCUAGAAGCAUACAGUGCUGGUCAGUGAUGCCGUAGAAUAGGUUUGCCUUAUUGCCGUCUUAAAUCUUUCACAUUCAAGUUAUGAACGUCGAUGAAAUGUAUGAGAAUAUUGGAAAGCUACGGUGGAAAAAAAGACUGCAUGAAUUCUUUUUAUCAAGAAUUAUGAAGGUAUCUGAAGUAGUGGGCGAAAAGCAGAAUUUAAGGUGUCAAUUUUAAGGCAUUUAACAAAAGUAUCUACCGUCUUUAUUUUUCCUCAUGAACAUGGUAAAAACAAAGUCAACUUUGGACUUUGGAAAGCUUUACUACCUGAAGUAGUAGAUUCAUUAACCGCUCCUCUAAAAUCAUGUGAAUGUUUUACCAGCAAAUAACUUGAAAUGUGAGCUUGUGUGUGAAUGAGAGGUGUUACGAGUCUGUUCUGCAGUUGCCAAAUGCCACUGACAGUAUUAAAAAACAGCACAACAGAGGAAAUACGGAUUUUUACGUUACAAGCCGAAUGUUUAAAAUGCACUUUCAGAAUGAUAUUAGGACUGGAUGGUUGUCUGUACGCAACAUGUCCACGUUAGAUGCUACGCUGUCCGAGUGAAAACCAAAAGUGCUAGCAUUUAAUAAAAAUAGUGACAUACAACAGCUGAUUAUGUGCCAUAUAAAUAUUCAUGUCUGCCAUGUUUACUAUUACAGGAAAAUGAGUGGUAUAGACGUGUGAGUGUGUGUGAUUGAGAGGUUGUAAUAUGAUGUAUGGUCUGUUGUGAACACAUGGGUCACAUGUUUUCGCAGCAUUACUUUCAAUGUGAUGUAAUGAUCUGAAUAUAUCACUCAAACUGGAAACUGAACGUGGCUGUACAGUCAACAUGUGUUUCUAAAUAAAUCAAUGCAAUGUA